AUAUCGGUACUCUGCUGCAUCUGCGCAUUACCAGCCCUCUUCCAUACGCCUGUUCAACAUGCGCGAUAUCAAUACGAUGAUUCAGGUCGUAGACCACCUGACCACCUUCUUCAAAACAAAUGAAGACUCCGAGAAGCUCAAUGACCUGUACAAAAUCCAAUGCUCCAAUUACACAGAAAGUUCAAGACACUGCGCAGAACUGAUGGAUGUGGUCAAGAGCGUCACCCGACAGGUUCGAAAACUCGAAGAAGACAUUUCGACCUAUAAAAGCAAGAAAUAUGACGUUCGGAAGGAUGAAUUUAAUGCUCAGAACGAAAAGAUGAUCAACUCCAUCAAUCGCAUGAAAAAAAAAAUCAUAGCGUACAAAAAACAGAUCAAAGAAUUGGGUACCGAAUUGAAAGAAAUCAAGCAGCAGAUUCACCAAUUGGAAAAUUCUAAAGGAUACCAAUUACGAAUGCUAGUAUAUUCGCAGAAUCUUUACAAAAUCAUCACCAACAUCACCUGGAACGAGAAUGAGUCUUCCAAAAUUUCUGGUGUCAUAUGGAAAAAAACAGAAUCUCGCAGUUUUGAAUUCGACAUAGAGACUCACACGUCGUUUGAACUGACCAAUCUCCUGUGGGAUCUCAUCGAUUCACAAAAUGUUGAAAAAGCAUCAUAAUACGUGACAAAAUUGUCUGAAUUUUGCCCAGGCUCAUGAAAGUCUCUUUAGACGCUUUGUUUGAAGGAUCGUGUAAAUAACAUUUGGACCGGCGUAUACAUUCUCGAUAUGCGGAUUUCCCUCUGUCACGUUAAAGUUGCA